CCUGACAGAAGUAAUAAAACUUCUUGGAUAAUCCAUUUAAAAUCUGAAUAAACACUCAUUUUUUUCCACAUGACACUUCACGUCGAGCACAUUAAAAAUUAAAGAAAUUUUGGAAUUUACAAUAAAAAUGUCACUACCGUACGCAUAAUGAACGAUCCAAAAACAGAAAAACCCUCGGAUUAAUAUAUCAGUUAUGAUAUUACAUCAAAAUUACGUGUCUAACACUUAUAUUGUUGUGAGGAUACUUUGUGAGGUGGUACCAGACAUAUCGAGUGAUGAGUAGGGAUCCUGUGCUGAGUAGCAUCCCUGAGCACAAGGAGAGCGAGGAGGUGAUCAAAUGGGUUCCCAAAAAGAAGCACGAAGUUCUGAAGGCGAAAUACAAAUGUUUGAAGAAGCUGUUCCAAAUUUACGAUGCUAACGUCAUAGGUAUGCUACCAGAAACAAUACCUGAUGAACCGAUUGAACAAGAAGAGCAUAAACACCGGAAAAGACGCUCACGAAGAACUAAGACCGAUGCUUGUGCCGGUACAACGGAAGUAUCCAGCGGCGAUGUUAAUGAUGAACUGGACAGCUCCAUUCCAACUGUCAUCAAGGAUCUGAACAGCCAAGUGUCCCAAGUAAUCGUUCGGUCUUCUCGAACGUCUAUAAUUAAAAGAAAUGAGUAUACUCAAGAUUCCAAGGAGAACAUAUCCGUUAAAAGUGAGAAGUAUUCAGAGUGUAGUGAGGAUCGGUAUUACAUUGUCAAUCCACGACGUAAACCGACAAGAUUUCAGUGCUUUUUGCAGAGAAUCUUUGGCAUAAGACGUGCUAGUUAUAACUAUAAUACGCACGGGUAUGCAGCAAGCGAUAAUCAUAUUUGCAAUCGGUAUACUAAAAGACGGCGUCAUGGAUUAAGGUUUCGGAGGAUGAAGCAGUCGAUGAAGAUUCAUUCUGAAAUCGCUCUGAGGGAUUUGAAGAGCCCAGUCAUUAUGACGUACGUGCAGUCGGUACAGCGGAACUGUUUGGCCGACACCACGCCUCGACAAUGUCCGUUUCUUGGAUGUAACACCAUGUUGUAUGGUAUUAUAAACUACAAUGACCACUUAAACCUAUGCCAUUUUCCCGAACGAAGAUACGUGUGUCAUUACUGUCAUGAAGGCUUUCUUACCGAGGAAGAAAGAUUUUCACAUGAAAAUGAGCAUCUGGGAAUACCAAAAUUGAAACCGAGUGUAGUGACUACUGCACCUUCGGAAGGGUCAUCAAAAAUUACUUGCGUCACCCAGACAGACCCUGAAAUACCCAAAAGUGACGUACCAGAGGAUAAAUUGAAAAAAAUCGUCUCCUUUUUCGAUAAACUGACGAAUGAGCAUGCUGUUGUCGAAGUAAAGAAGAACAGGUCCUGCGAGUAUACAACGGACACUGGAUCGAAAUCGUCGUCAGAUUCACAGAAUGAGAGUGUUCCUCGCCGCUACAACAAUGACAGUGUAAAGGUGUCGAGUUGUGUUCAGUUUCACCGCAAGAGUCGAAUGUCUUCGGACGAAUCCGACCUAACCUCGUUCUUAUGCGAUUCGCCAAAGCGGUGUCAGUUGUGCGGCGAAAAGUUUAUGCAUAGACACCAGUUGAACCUGCACGUGGACCUCCACCAUCGUGCAAACCAGAGAUUCUCGAAGUUCCACAGCUGUGCCGGGAUUGUGAACACGGAACGGACCGUCGUGGAAUCAUCGUGUGCGUCCAACACGACGAUGGAGCUGAGCUGCGACCAGUCCACGAAUAUUGUAUAUUACACGUCUGUGGAGUCGAUAAACCGGUCUGUGGAAUCGAGUGUGGGCUACAAGUGGGAGCCGGGUACCAAAAUCAUUCGUGUUUAGUCUGUACUGUGCUGUGGAGUGGCAUUUUGUAAUAAAAUUUUUAAUUUGU